GCACACACAGCAGAGUUCAUCUUGUCUUUCUUUUGGGAACUCACACAUACACCCAAGUUUCACCCCAAGCCCCCCCCCUCCCGCGCGGUUACAUACCUACGCUCUCUCUACCCUUGCGAUGGAGCCGAGGAAGUCGUCACCGAGCGCCCACGGCAGCUUGGUCGGGCUGGCUCUCUGCUGCUCAGUUUUGUCUUUUCCGGGCGUGAGCUCCUGGAUUUUGACCCCCCCGGUCACCACCAACAACCGACCGGCUCCUGCCUUCCCCCGGGCAUCGCCCCUCCCCACCAGCCUGAGAUGGCACCGGCAGCCGUUGCUUCCGCUGCAGCAGCAGCCAUGGUCGGCCGCGAGCAAGCUCCGGGCGACCACCGUUGAGGGCAUCCCGUCGGCGGCGCAGCAAGAAGAGGAGAAGGCGGUCGAGGAGGAGAAGAAAGGGAUUCCGUACCACCAGCUGAAGAUUGGGGUGGUGAAGGAGACUACCCCGGGAGAGCGGAGAGUGGGCCAGAGCCCCGCGUCGGUGCGAAUGCUAACCAAGGAAGGCUUCGGAGUCGUCGUCGAAUCUGGGGCAGGUGCUGCCGCCAGCUUCACGGACGAGGCGUACGAGGAGGCCGGCGCUACAGUGGUGAAGGGCAGCGAGGCUUGGAAGGCUGACAUUGUCGUGGACCCCCCUUCCCCCGAGGAGGCCGCCCUCGUCGAGGACCGCACGCUCAUCAGUCUGCUGUUCCCCGCUCAGAGCGGAGACCUCGUGAAGCAGCUGGAGGGGCAGGGGGCCACCGUGAUGGCCAUGGACUGCAUCCCUAGGACUCUUUCGCGAGGGCAGACGUACGAUGCUCUCAGCUCGCAGGCCAACAUUGCCGGGUACCGGGCCGUUAUCGAGGCCGCCCACGAAUUCGGCCGUCUGCUGGGCGGCCAGAUGACUGCCGCCGGAAACGUCAAGCCCGCUAAGGUGCUCGUGGUGGGUGCUGGCGUGGCCGGGCUGGCCGCCAUCGCGCAGGCUAAGGCUAUGGGGGCCGUGGUGAGGGCUUACGACGUCAGGCCCGUGGUGCGGGAGCAGAUCGAGUCGCUUGGAGCCGAGUUCCUGCAGGUGGAGUAUGAGGAGGACGGAAGCGGCGCAGGAGGGUAUGCCAAGGAGAUGAGCGAUGGCUGGAAGGAGGCGGCGGCGGCGCUGUUCGCCAGGGUGUCGGCGGACUCGGACAUCAUCAUCACCACGGCGCUCAUCCCGGGGAAGCCGGCUCCGAAGCUCGUGACGUCCGAAAUGGUAGCCGGCAUGAAGCCCGGUUCGGUGACGGUGGACCUGGCGGCGGCGAACGGAGGUAACAUCGGCACCACGGUCAAGGACCAAGUCAUCGUCACCGAGAACGGGGUGACUUGUGUCGGGUACACAGACCUGCCAUCGCGCCUCCCGCAGACGUCGUCCCAGCUGUACGCCAACAACAUCGCCAAGCUCAUUCUUGCCACCGGGCCCCAGACGACCAAGGAUAAGGGGUACUGGUACAUCGAUCACGAGGACCCCGUGUCGCGGGGCAUGCUCGUCGUGGAGGAGGGCAAGCUCAUGUGGCCGGCACCGGUGGCCCCGCCGCCGCCCGCGCCGCCGGCACCGUCCGCCGCGGAGGCAGCUGCCGCAAAGAAGAAGGAAGAGGUGGCGGCUGUGGCGGCGGCGGCGGAGGCCGAGCCGGUGGACCCUCAGGCGGCGGCGCUGGUUGACGGCGCUAAGGCCGCGCUCGGAGCCCUGGCGUUCGUUGCGCUGGGGGUAUCGAGCCAGGGCAGCCACGACUUCACGGAGAUGCUCACUAUCCUCACGCUGGCCUGCCUGGGAGGCUACCAGCUGGUGUACGGCGUCGCCCCGGCCCUCCACUCGCCCCUCAUGUCGGUGACCAACGCCAUCUCGGGAAUGACGGCCGUGGGAGGGAUGGUCCUUCUCGGAGGAGGGAUCUUUCCGGAGAAUGCGGGACAGGCCCUCGGCGCUGCGGCCCUGCUGGUGUCGUCGGUCAACAUCGUCGGCGGUUUCCGCGUGACCAAGAAGAUGCUCGACCUUUUCAAGCGCCCGGGGGACCCGGAGGAGAACAACGAGAUCACCGUCGGGCUGCCCGUCGCCGUGGGGCUGGGCGCUCUUGCGGCCGGAGAGACUAUGGGCUACUCGGAGCUGUCCAACUUCGCUGGGCUUGCGUCGGCGGUCAUGUGCAUGCAGAGCAUCGGCGGGCUCUCCUCCCAGAGCACUGCCAGGUUCGGCAACGUUCUCGGGGUCGGCGGGGUUACCCUCGGCCUGGCGGCGACGGUCGGGCUCAUGUAUCACGCCGGGGUCCCGCCGGAGGUGUUCGCGCAGAUGGCGGCGCUCAUGGGGGUGGGAGGUGUGGCCGGCUACGCCGUCGCGGGGAAGGUUGGACCUACGGAGCUCCCCCAGACGGUGGCGGCUUUCCACAGCCUUGUCGGGGCUGCCGCCACGGCUACCGCCAUCUCGGAGUUGGUCGGACACCCACCGGAGGCGCUGGGUGCUAAGCUGACGAUCUACCUAGCGGCGGUGAUCGGUGCGAUAACCGCUACGGGGUCAGUGACGGCCUUCGCUAAGCUUCAGGGCAUCUUGAGCUCUUCGCCCCUCUCCCUGCCGGGGCGAGACCAGCUCAACAUCGCCAUGGGCAGCGGCAUCCUCGCCGGCGCUGUGGCCCUCGCCUCGUCCGGUGACGUCUCCGGCAUGCUCCCGGCUCUCGGAGUGGGGUCCGUCGUCGCUGCCCUCCUCGGGGCCCACGCUACCGCCUCCAUCGGUGGCGCCGACAUGCCGGUGGUGAUCACCCUCCUCAACUCGUACAGCGGGUGGGCGCUCUGCGCCGAGGGCUUCAUGCUCAACAACGACCUGCUGGCCAUCGUCGGCGCCCUGAUCGGCUCCAGCGGUGCGAUCCUCACGCAGAUCAUGUGCCAGGCCAUGAACCGGAACAUCUUCAACGUGAUCUCCGGCGGGUUUGGUACGGUCCAGAAGGCGCCGGCCGCCGGGGGCGACGCCGGGCCGGCGGGCGUGCACACGGAGACCACGGCAGAGAGCGUGGCGCAGAAGAUGCUCAUGGCCAAGAGCGUCAUCAUCGUGCCCGGCUACGGACUCGCCGUGGCCAGGGCCCAGCAGGCCGUGGCGGAGCUUACGAGGAAGCUCACCGAAGCGGGGGUGAAGGUCAGGUUCGGCAUACACCCCGUCGCGGGGCGGAUGCCCGGGCAGCUGAACGUGCUCCUGGCCGAGGCCGGGGUGCCGUACGACGUCGUCGAGGAGCUCGACGAGAUCAACGACGACUUCAAGGAAACGGACCUUGCGAUCGUCAUCGGUUCGAACGACUGCGUCAACUCCGCGGCGGAGGACGACGAGAACUCCGCCAUCUACGGCAUGCCGGUCCUCAAGGUUUGGGAUGCCAAGGAUUGCGUCGUCAUCAAGCGGUCCAUGGCAACAGGUUACGCCGGACUGGACAACCCCGUCUUUUACAAGAAAAACACGGAGAUGCUGCUGGGAGAUGCCAGGGACGUGGCGGAUGACCUGCUCUCCAAGGUCACGGAGCAGACGCGCUGAGCGAGCGGUACACCCCGUGUCACGACGCGGGACGGUGUGAAGUACGGAUGGAAUCCUGACAAAUGUGAAAUACGGGUGGAAUCCUGACGAUGGGGCAGCUCAGCCCGGCGCCGCCGAACGAACGAAAACUCAGAGUCCCGCCGUGGCCUACCUUUGCUGCAGCAGUACUUUCGGACAGAUGGCGUGCAUAUAUCUACAAAUCUCUCCGAGGCGGCGGCAAGGCCGAACAGCAAGCAGAGUUCAGAUUGUUUGGGAAGGGUGGACGCUGGCGGGAUGGGUUUGUACAUCGUUGGCUUGUGUUGUCCGUCUUCAAGAGUGCCCCCCCGGCUGUUGCCAGGUUGCUUCCUCGCCUCAGCUGUAACGCCGCGCUCCGUUGAGAGCCCCGUUCGCUAGCCAGACCGACCAUCCGAAGAGGAGCGGCGGGGGGUCUGCGAUUGUUGAUGUCUGAAAAGGGAGGUGUGAGAUGUGUGAACACCGGAUGGUGCGUUGGUUGUAUGAGGUGUGUCACAGGCUAGUGAAUGGUGAGUUGGUCGCGCCCAAGGCAAGCGGGUGCCCGCUCAAGGCGAAGUACUGUCCGCAACUCCCACUGGAAUUUUCUACAGUAGCCGUCUCUUUUAAUCUUUCAACGCGCGCGCGUUCGUGUAGUACAAUGAUAUGCAAGCCAGGAAGUCUCUUCUUUGUAUUGAUUUGGCGGGAGGGAGAACGGAGAGCCAAAGAGGGAGAGCAAAGGCAGAUCGUAGUUCAUAUCGUUGUGUGAAGCGUUCUUCAGGAAUGGGGUGAGGGUACCGGGGAGGCGCUUGGAUACACGCGUGCGUGCAUGACGUUUGUCAAUUAUCGUCAACAGGCCUUCUGCCAGUCCAUUUUUGUAGUGAUACCAGCGCGGCAGAUUUAGGAGUGAAACGAACGCUGGAAAAGAUUUGCGUUGUAUUGUCAAUGUACAGCAGUAGUAGUUCAGUAGUAACAAAUGUCUGCUUUUAUCCCUAUCUGUGUCUGUUUCUUCCGAAGAGGUGAUGUCGAUGUAGCAGAACGAUUUCUUUUGUCGCACAGUUUUGGCCACAUGUUUUGCUACGUGCAAGACUGCAGGGUUUUUGUAGGAUGAGCUCUUCAGAGAUGCGUGGGGGCUGUUUCUGCAUUUCACUACACAGCGGUGACGGAGAGCUUGAGCGUGUUCGUACCAAACAAAAGUGAGUUGCAUGAUGGAGGGAGGGGACACACACCACCUACAACAGCGGGGCGCGUUGUUGCAAGAACCAAUUCUAGUGGAGUGAGGCACCCCUUCGCCCGUUGGAAGGUAGCGCACUGUGCACAAGAGGCGACAGACACUUCGACUGUCUUCAUUGACCCAACGUCUUGAGCUUUCCUCUGGGAAGUAUGUAACCCCCGCUGGUGGUCGAUACUACAAGGACGUAGCACAAACGCAUCGAUCGGUCUGAUGUUGCAUGGAUAUUGCGCGUAGUCUUCAAGCCGGAGCAGGCGCCCGUUCUGUGUUGUGUACCGACCAAAUGAAGAAAAAUAAAGGCGUCGUCAAUUUAUCGGGGUUCGAGCACGUAUUUGAUGAAUGUAGCCGAGGACCGUCGCGCCAGUGAGUGAUGAUUCGCAGCAAACGACAGUUGACUGCUGUUGUCCAGUGCUCAAGGGUGAGUGUCGGACAACGGUCCACGGCGGGUGGAUUUGGUAUUUUCCGAUUCCCUUCAGAACUAUUCGCGCAAGAAGCCCACCUGCGUGUAUCGACAGGCAUGUUGUUGGUAGCCGCCUUCGUUGGGUACGCAUUGGAUCUUUCCUGCGGUUGAAGUUGGGUUCAAGAAACCCGCCCCCGUCCAGACGACCGUCUACCCUCCUGUGUCCCAUCCCCUGGUCUAUUUUUUUUUGUUUCGGCUGCGGGGGGCG